AUGAAACAGUGGAUUUUAGUAGUUUGUUCCACCCUGGUGGUGGCCAUCAAUGCGCAGAUACAUCCGGAUAUCAUUGAGGAUGCGCACUUAGAUGCGCUGGGAUUACUGCGCAAGUACGGUUAUCCUGCGGAAGAACAUAUUAUUGAGACGGAUGAUGGAUACUUAUUGGGAGUGCACCGUUGCCCUGGAAGCCCCAUUUCUCCUCCAGCGUUUGGAAAACCAGUUGUUCUGUUACAACACGGAAUGCUGAGCUCUUCAGCCGAUUACAUCCUCAUGGGUCCCCAGACAAGUCUGGUUUAUAUGCUAGCCGAUGCGGGAUAUGACGUUUGGCUUGGUAAUGGACGUGGUAAUCGCUAUUCAAAUCGUCAUCGUUCAAGGAAUAACCAAACCCAGCAAUUCUGGGACUUUUCGUGGCAUGAAGUGGGUAGCAUAGAUAUACCUAAUAUGAUAGACUACAUUCUAGCACGGACCGGACAAACAGGGUUGCAAUAUGUUGGCCACUCACAAGGAACCACUGCCUUUUGGGUGAUGAUGUCUCAGCAUCCUUACUAUAACAACAGAGUAAAGAGCGCACACAUGCUUGCACCAGCAGCUUACAUGCAUCACACCCGAAGUCCCUAUGUCAUAUUCCUUGCAACCUAUCUACACACUACGGAAUUAAUGCUACAGAUGAUGGGUACUUGGUAUUUUGCUCCUACCAAUGAAAUGAACAUUCAGGGCGGCCUCCAGAACUGUCACGAUGGAGCACCUUUCCAACAAAUGUGUACGAUCAACACAUUCCUGAUUGCCGGGUUCAAUUCGCAAGAAGUGAACUUUACAAUGCUUCCCGUGAUUCACGCACAUUCACCAGCAGGAGCUUCCACCAUGCAAAUGAUUCAUCACGCCCAGACGGUUCGUUCGCGCAUCUUCCGUCAAUACGAUCACGGACCUACAAUGAACAUGAUACGCUACGGCCAGGCCUUACCGCCUCGGUACAACUUCAACAACGUCAUGGCACCGACCUUGUUGUACCACAGCACAAACGACUGGUUGGCGGCACCGUCAGAUGUGGAAUUGCUUCGUCAGGAGUUGCCGAACGUUCACAAACAGUACCUGGUUCGACAGCGUGAGUUCAACCACAUGGACUUCAUCUGGGCAAUAAAUGUGCGAUCUUUGCUGUACGACGAGCUGCUCUCGGAUCUUCAUGCGUACGCCUAG